ACACACACACAGCUGACAUAAUUGUUUCCAAUAGAAUAUAGAAUCCUAUUUGUAAUAUUUAUGACGUUCACAUUAAUAGUUUGGGAUCAAUGCAUUUGUUUCCACACAAUUUGCUUUUGCAGACGCUCAAAACAAUCUGUUUUCAUCAUUAGGUGACAUGGCUCAGCAUGAGGCCCAUUUAUGCCGUGUGCUCACUCUAAGCCUAAACAUCCCAUGAGCCUCUCUGGUGAACUGCACCGUCAACAGGGGACAGCCAGGGGAGGGUGGUGGCGCAUGCUGUAUUAGGAAGCAGGGCUGUGAUUAGUCGGAUCCGGGACAGAUGGGAGUGAACCAAGCCGGGGAGCGGGGCGAGCGACUGAAUGUGGCAGAGAGAGAAGCCGGGAGGGAGAGAGGCCGCUGAGCGGGGAACGAGACGGAGAGCAGCAGAUGGACGGGUGCAACACACUUACUGAGAACAGGCCGCACGUGUGACGACCAGUGUGUGUGUGCACGCAUGACGGUGGUGUGUGUGUGCGUGUGUGUGUGUGCCUGUGCAGGAUAAUGGUUGUGAAUCACUGAACGCUUUUCAGCCGUUAUCCUCUAGAAAAAAACAAAACGAGAAGGAUACAAGUGGACAGGAGACAGAGGAGUGAACAGUUUCCCAGCUGCUUUCAAAGGGCAGGUUGAAGCCCAGCAAACUAGUGUCAUAAGCUUCUUAUCAGUCCGCGUCUCGAUCAAUGCUUCGCGCUGUAGCGGGACAUUUUCGCCACUCGCUCGCUCCUUUUUUGCCCAAGACGAGAGCCGUGUUGGUGCCCGGGGCCGGACGCGAGGAGGAGGCACCUCUAUGGUGAAGAUGAGCGUGGAGCCUGUGCAGGUGAUGAGCGGACAGGUCAAAGAGCUCCGAGUGGCGCCGUCGUCCAACGGGGACAGCAGAGGAUCAUGGGAAGGGAAAGAGGAGUUCGACGGAGGCAGCCUGGGCGUCACCGCCAAGCCAAAACAGGUGACAGGGAGACGAGCCCGGAAGGUGGAGGGAGGCGUGUUCUUCCCCAAGCCGGAGAACGCCGUCACCGUGGCCGUGUCGUCCCGGGUCCUGUUCCGGACCGAGCGCGAGCAGAAGGUGUUCGAGCAGAAGGGGGUGGAGGAGUACCUGAGGUACCAGAUCGAGCACGAGACCGAGCCGUUCGCCCCCGGACCCGCGUUCGCGUUCGUCAAGGCCCUGGAAGCCGUCAACACCCGCCUGCGGGAGCUCUACCCGCAGAGCGAGGAGCUGUUUGACAUCGUUCUGGUGACGUACAACCACGCGCAUGUGGGGAUCCGGCUCAUCAACACCAUCAACCACCACAACUUGUUCAUCGAGAGGUUCUGCAUGACGGGGGGGAGCAGCCCUAUCGGCUACCUGAAGGCCUGGCACACCAACCUCUACCUGUCUGCCGACGCCGACAAGGUCAGGGAGGCCCUGGCUGAAGGCAUCGCAGCAGCCACUAUGUUCAUGCCGGAGAAGAUGACCGAGGUCUCCGAGUCCCAGCUGAGGGUGGCCUUCGACGGCGACGCCGUCCUCUUCUCCGACGAGUCCGAGCGCAUCUUCAAAGCCCACGGCCUGGACAAGUUCUUCGAGCACGAGCGGGAAAACGAGGACACACUGCUGGAUCACGGUCCUCUGAAAGGGUUCCUGGAGGCGCUGGGAAAGCUUCAGAAGAAGUUCUACGCUAAAGGCCAGCGUCUGAACUGCCCCAUCCGGACCUUCCUGGUCACGGCCCGCAGCGCGGCCAGCUCGGGCAUCCGGGCGCUGAAGACCCUCCGGGCCUGGGGCCUGGAGAUCGACGAGGCCCUGUUCCUGGCCGGGGCGCCCAAGGGCCCCAUGCUGGAGAAGAUCAGGCCCCACAUCUACUUCGACGAUCAGAUGUUUCACGUGGAGGGCGCGGCGGAGAUGGGCACCAUCGCCGCCCACGUGCCCUACGGCGUCGCGCAGCAUCAGCAGGCGACCAAGAAGUGAGCGGCAGCCGCCAUGCGGUCAGAAACAGACGGAGGGGAGCAGCGGGAGCUGGAGGAGUGUUGUGAUGAACAGGUCCUCAGAGAGAAGAAUGAACUUGUACUGUGUUGUAUGAUUGUGAGCGGAAGUGCAUCAUUUCCUUACUGUAUGUGUGUUGCACCAAACUGACAGCUUAGCUUCAUGCCAUCAUCUUCGGAGGUGGAUCCAGGUUUGGGUAGAGGUCACGCGUCCCCGAGCUUUACAUUUCAAGACUUCAGUCGGCUUCAAAGGUGCUUUAUUGCAGGUUAUCACAUGAAACAGACACGUCCAGAGUAAACGCAGAGAUGGCUUCAGUUUAGUAGCACUUUUUUGUAUUUUGUGAAUGAACGAGUCCUAAGCACAAUAUAGAGGUAUUAUAAGAGAGUGAGAGUCGGAAUACUUUCUAUCACGUUACUGUUUGACUUCACAAGAAUGUAAAACCAUGUGUUUGCAGUUAUAGCAUAAUGUGUUGUAUGUUACUGAGGAUAUAAACCUUAUUUACUGUGUACAGCAAAUGUAGGACGCUUUAGCCGGUGCCUUGGUUUCACUGAAGACAUUGAAACCCAAACAAACUGAUGUCCCGAGGAUUGUUGAGGUAUAUUUAUGCACUUCUACAACCAUGAUUGUUGUUCUCAGCAGGUCAAGACAUUUGUUUGUAUACAAACCAAUGUAUUUUAUUAUUCAUCGUAAGCAAUAAAUAUCAGUGGGCUCAUUUGGUUGCAGUGGGAAAAAAAAGCGGUUUUGAGGAACCAUGGGUCAAAAUGACAAACGUUCUAUAUAAAAACAUACACAUUUUUUGUUUUGUGUUGGGUGCAGUAAUUUUUAGAGGGUGCCUUGGUUUUUACGGUCCCUCAAACCGAUCAAAGCAGUUAUGGCGAUUACUGCCUGCUCCUUCACCAAGGCUACAGUCAUUCUGCUCCGGUGGUGAUUGAUGCUGUCCAAUGUAACCAACUUACAAUCCAUCGCUCAUUCACCUAGAGAAUAACUGAGUUUGAAUAGGAAGAUAGUGACAACCUGGCAGCAGUGACCUUUGGAGAAUGCCAGUCCACUUCACAUCACUCAGAGAUCCGCUACCUUAGUGAUGGUUCAUUAGUUCUCAUUACCCUGCUGAGCAGCUUUCAUCGCUCAGCCCAAAGUAACAUCGAAACAAAUGUCUCUUGGCAGCCACUUAAAGCGAGAUGAAGGCUGAGGACAGAGCGUCAGCAGUUUAUCGGUUCAGGGGGACAUUCAGCAAUGGAUCGAAGCAACUGUCUUGUCUGAACUUGUCAACCAUAUUGUGAUUGAAAAACGGCUUUGCAAAAAAAAUGUAUGAACAACAAAUAAAAGCUUCAAGGUUAUUUAAAAACGAA